UUCUCUUGCGUCGUCUAUCGUCAGAAGAAAAUGGCGGAUAAUAUGUCAGACGCGGAGAAGAUCCGCAACAAGCGGUUGGCAAAACUCGGCAAUCCGCCACCGUCCCAGUCUCAAGGCGCAGGAGAGUCCGCAUCCAGCUCGUCGCCUUCGUCGCCACAGUCGACUUCCGCCGAUGCGCCGUCGCGAUCAGAGCCCAAGGCCCCGUCGCAGCAGCCGCCCCCGCAGUCCGACGAAAAGCGCGUCAAGAUCACUCCCUCCGGCGGGAGAGCAACCCCCGACCGAUCACACAAUGUCACCCCCGUCUCCUCCACGCCGCCGCCGCCCAAGGCCGAGGAGAGCCUCGCCGCGUUCGAGGACCGCACCUGGUGUGCCGUGUUCAAGCUGACGUUGAAUGAGGAGCGUGCGCGGGACAUCCAUGGUCAGAAGCUGGCGUAUUUGCCGGGUCUGCGAAGCGAACUUGAGAGCCAGGGUCAGGAGCUGCGUGUGGACGCGUCCAACUUGGAUCAGGCCUUGCUGGAGGCCGCAUCGAAUGCGCCCCGGCAGCAGCCGUUGGAUUAUCUGCUCCCGUGCUGGAAGAGGAUCGCGAAACUGCAUAAGGGUUUCCGUCGCGCUGGGGAUGGUGAUCCUAAGUUUGGCGCCAUCUGCGAGGCUAGGCGCUUGUGUAUCAGCUACUGUCUGUUUGCGAUCACGAUGCCCGAGAUGUUUGGGCUUGAACCGUCCGCACAGUCGCCUCUUCGGCCCUAUCUGCUGUUGGAACCCGAAGACGACAAGGGCGUGGACUUUGAGUUCAUGAGCGAGGCUGUGAAGCGGUUCGACGAGGAUGAGAACAUCAAACCGGCCUUCAUUGCUGCCGUGGAGGGGCUGAGUCGCGAGCUGGCCGAGAUGAGCAUCAACGAUGACUACAAACCCUAUGUCCUGGCGCUGCGCAAUCUCGUUCGCCAUGCGGUCAUCGGCGCCGCACUGACCGAGUCGGAGAUCUUCAACGCGUCUCGCGAUCCCGCGACGUUCGAGAAGAACACCCUGCUGGGCCCCUGGUUUGCCCUGUCGCCGCUGCAGAGCAGUGUCACCAUGUCAUACUUUUCCAGUCCGAAGACGAGAGACCAGUCGUAUAUCCUGAACGCGCAAAAAUCACUCCGCAUGAUGCAGCAGAUUCUCAGCUCGGACCUGCUGGAUAUCGUCAACCACAUGAUCAGGUCGUCGAAGGACGCCCGGGAACGCAUCCUCGACUGGGUUGCCACGGCGUUGAACAUCAACCACAAGCGACGAGCCAUGCAGGUCGACCCCAACACGGUCUCGUCGGACGGGUUCAUGUUCAACCUCACCACAUGUCUGGACCAUCUCUGUGAGCCGUUCAUGGAUGCGAGCUUCACCAAGAUCGACCGGAUUGACGUGGCGUACCUGCGUCGAAACCCCCGCGUGGAUCUGAGGGACGAGACAAAACUGAACGCCGAUCAGCAUGCGUCCGACGCGUAUUACUCGCAGAAGGAAGAUGGCGUCUCCAACUUCAUCACGGAGAUCUUCUUCCUGACGGUCGCCGCACACCACUACGGCAGCGAGUCCCUCACGGCCAAGAUCGAGCAGCUGGAGAAGGACCUGAAACACAUGCAAUCCACCAUUGACCGGUUCGAAUCCGAGCGACCCCGGUGGGCGUCCAAUCCCACGCAGCUGCGGGUGUUUGAGCAGGCUUUGAAGAAGUACAAGGACAAGCUAGACCUCGGGAUGGCGUUGAAAUACAGCCUGCAGGGGGUGCUGUUCGACGAGCAGUGGCAGGCCCGCUCCAUGUUGUUCAUGCGCUACGUCACCGUGUGGCUGCUGAGGCUGAUCUCCGGGAAAGAUUUCCCGCGGGAGCAGAUCAAGCUCCCCCUGGCGGAAGAGCAGCCGGAAGUGUCCCGAUGCCUGCCGGAAUACUUCCUAGAAGACAUCGUCAGCAACUUCAAGUUCAUCAUGUGGUGCAUGCCGCAGAUCAUCACCGCCACGCAAGGCGACGAGCUGGUCAUGCUCUGCAUCACCCUCCUCGAGACCACGAGCUACAUCAAGAACCCGUACCUCAAGGCAGGCCUCGUGUCGAUCCUCUUCCGGGGGACAUGGCCCCGCCCCGGCGGCGCCCGCGGGGUCCUGGUCGACCUGCUCAACUCGAUGCCCUUCGCCAACGACUACCUGCUGCACGCGCUGAUGAAGUUCUACAUCGAGGCGGAGCACACAGGCACGCACACGCAGUUCUUCGACAAGUUCAACAUCCGCUACGAGAUCUUCCAGAUCAUCAAGUGCAUCUGGCCGAACACGCUCUACCGCAACAAGCUCUACAACCAGUCGCAGAAGAACCACGACUUCUUCGUCCAAUAUGUCAACCUGCUCCUCAACGACGUGACCUUCGUGCUCGACGAGUCCUUCGGCGCCUUCAUCACCAUCCACAAGACGCAGACGGAGCUCAGCCGCGACGGCGCAAGCAUGGACGCGCAGACGCGCCAGCAGAAAGAGGAACACCUGGCGUCCGCACAGCGCAACGCCAAAUCCUACAUGCAGCUUACAAACGAGACGGUCUCCAUGCUCAAGCUGUUCACCGACGCACUAGCCGAGUCCUUCACAAUGCCCGAAAUCGUCCAGCGUCUCGCAGACAUGCUCGACUACAACCUCGACGCCAUGGUCGGGCCCAAGAGCGCCAGCCUCCGCGUCGACAACAUCCAGCAGUACGGGUUCAACCCGCGCGCGCUCCUCAGCGAGAUCGUCGACGUCUACCUCAACCUAAGGAAGAAGGAGGCCUUCGUGGUGGCAGUCGCCCGCGACGGCCGGUCCUACAAGCCGGCGAACUUUGAGAAAGCGGCAGACAUCCUCCGCAAGUGGUCGCUGAAAUCUCCGGAGGAGCUCAAGCGGUGGGAGAUCCUGCAGGGUAAAUUCCGCGACGCGAAGGCCGCUGACGACCAGGCGGAGGAGGACCUCGGCGAGGUUCCGGAUGAGUUCCUUGACCCGCUGAUGUACACGCUCAUGGAGGACCCGGUUAUAUUGCCGGCGUCGAAGAUGUCUAUCGACCGGUCUACGCUCCGGUCGCAUCUUCUGAGCGAUCCGCAUGAUCCGUUUAAUAGGACCCCGUUGACGAUGGAGGAUGUUGCACCUGACACCGAAUUAAAAGCCAAAAUCCAAGCAUUCAAGAUGGAGAAAUUGACCGAACGGAGGAACGAGCGGGCACAAGCCGGGGGCGAGGGAUUGGACCAGAUGGAUACUUCCGGUUAACAUAGAUAAUGUUUUAUUCUCUCUUUCUUGUUUAGAUUACUGGUCUGGUGUUCAUGAUGAUGGUAAAAGAACAAUGGCAUGCUUCAACACAGAUAUGGAUGUACGUACCAAUGAGGUAAGUGGGUCAAUUUAUAGUAUAU